CUUUUACUCACAGAAACAAAAAGAUGAACGCUACGUUAGCAGAGGGACAUAAGACAACCUGGCUUGAAGCUCAAUGGGAAGACUGUUACCGUGAUCGUAACCCACUGCUUGUCACAGGUGUAUUGGCCUUUGUCAUGCACGAGCUUGUGUAUUUCGGUCGCUUCAUUCCCUUUUUAAUUUGUGAUUAUGUGCCUUACUUUCAUCAAUACAAGAUUCAACAAAACAAGAUCAACACCACUGCCGAUUACUGGAAAUGUGUACGACAAGUCCUUUACCAACAUUUCUUGUUUGAGGGUCCUCUCAUCUUUUUAUUUCACCCCAUGGCUUCUAUUAUUGGCAUGAACGUCUCCACUCCCUUUCCUGAAUGGAAAAAUAUCUUACCUCAAGUCUUUAUCUUCUUUGUGUUUGAGGAUGGUUUCCAUUACGUUGUUCACCGCGCGAUGCAUUAUCCUCCACUUUACAAGGCCAUUCAUAAGGUACAUCAUGAAUACUCUGCACCUUUUGGUAUUGCUGCAGAAUACGCUCAUCCUUUAGAGACAUCCAUCCUUGGUUUCGGUACCAUUGGUGGUCCCCUUAUCUACCACGCCGUAAACAAAUACAUUUUACAUUCGGGUCCUCAAUGGCAACUUCAUCUCUUUACGAUGCUUUUCUGGAUCGUCUGUCGAUUAUGUCAAGCCAUUGACUGUCAUUCUGGUUACGAUUUCCCUUGGUCUUUGCGUCAUUUCAUUCCAUUUUGGGCAGGUGCAGAUCAUCAUGAUUAUCAUCAUAUGGCCUUUGUCAAUAAUUUCGCUUCCUCUUUCCGUUGGUGGGAUUAUCUCUUUGGCACAGACACCAAAUAUCGUGCUUACCGUAAACGUCAAGCGGAAGAGAAACGUAUCUUGAAGAAGAAGGGUUUAUAAAGACCCCACUUAUAUUUAUAGAGUGUUUCCUUUUUUCUUUUUUUGUAUCAUAACAUCUAUUUAAAUAUUUACCCCCACGUCUAUACACAACACACACAUCAUCAUAAUAAUUACAGUAAUAAUAAAAAAAAAAAAGUUUAAUUUUUAAUUAUAGUUAGAA